AUGGCGGAAGCUGCAGCAAAAACCGUGUUGGACAAGAUCAGCCAGGGUCAUCUGGAAUGUCCAAUCUGUUGCUGUCGAUUCAAGGAUCCCAAGAUACUAGACUGUCUUCACAGCUUCUGCCAGAAAUGUCUGGAAGAGAUGAUGAGCAAACAGAUGUCAGAGACAGAGAAGAUAACAUGCCCAGUCUGCAGGAGUGAGACGCAAGUUCCCGAUGAAGGAUUGCUCAAUUUAUCUUCAUCUAUUUUUCUUAGUUCUCUUGUCGAUGAGGUCAAACAACAGGAGACACUAUUAGGGAAAGUAUCGAGACCCACCGCCACGUGUGACUGCGGAGAAGACGAGACGACCACUUGGAGGUGUCUUGACUGUAGUGAUAACCUCUGCCAGAAAUGCCGCGAAGCCCAUGAGAGGGUCAAGUACACCAAGAACCAUCAGAUCAUUUCAUUUGAGGAUUGGCACAAAUCAAAUAUCCCUGGCCCUCAAGCAGAUCACGUCAAACCUAUCACCAGAAUGUGUACGAACCACACUGACCAGGCGUUGUGUUUCUACUGUGACACGUGCGAUACAUUCAUCUGCGCUAUGUGCGCCGCAAUAAAUCAUCGGUCUGCUGAACACUAUUACCAAACGAUUGAAGACUCCAUUACGUCUUUCCGUAGAGAUGUCGACAACAUUUUGCCGGAGUUCGAGAAGUGCAAGCAGCGCAUCCAAUCCGCAAACGACUCAAUCGAACUUGCACGAAAUAUAUUGCAAAAGAACGUGGUUCAGGCUCGUAUCGACAUAAUUGCAAAAACGGAGGCAGAGAUCGCCAAAAUAAAAAACAAAGCGAAGCUUCUCACCGAAGAGGUCGACCAAAUCGGACAGGAGAGAGACAGUGAGUACGAAAAGGCGCUAACGUACAACCGUGACCAGAUGGAACGCGCAGAUCAGAUCGUCACGGCAGUGAAUGACUUGAUGAGAAAAGUCGAUGAUCUCAAGCUUUUGGAGCUCAAGCCGAAGGUGAUGCAGAACCUGGAACUCCACAAGGAGCUUAAGUGUGAAAAGGAAAAGCAGGAGAUGUCGUUCAUCGAGGUCAAAUUUCAAGAUGUCGCCAGUGACACGGAUCUUGGAAAAAUAUUCCUCAAAUGGCGGUUGAAGGAAGAGUUCGGUAAGGAAGGAAUCAUUGAUGGGGAAUUCCAAUUCGCCAGUCGUGUUGCAUGUUUCAGCAACGGGGACAUUGCUGUGACAGACACCAACCUGAAUCGUCUAUCAAUAUUUACCUCCAAUGGGCGGUUAAAACUUUCAUCUACUCAAAAGAGUCUCCAGCCAGAAGCUCCUCGUGGCGUUGCUGUGACCCCAGAUGAUCUGCUUUUUGUCACAGACCGAAAGAAAGUGAAGGUUUUUGACGACAAUCUUCGGUUGGUUCGCGAGUUCACACCCUCUCAGGAUGAUGCGAGUUCUUUAUCCGCUAUAGCGCUAGACACAGCUGCAGAACGACUGGCUGUGGCUGACUCUGGCAGGAAAGUUGUUUCUGUGCAUUUGCUGGAUGGCUCGUUGGUAACAACCAUUCCAAAUGAAAAUGUGAAACUUGGUUUAGAGAUGAAUAACAGGGAGCGCCUGUUCAUUCCGAAUACGGAUAAGAAAACCUUGUCCUGUGUAGACCUCAAGGGCAAUGAAGUGUUCAAUAUCAAAACACUCAUCGACGGAAACCCUGCGGUUCCCGUCGGGGUCCUUUGCGACGAUCACGGCUACAUUAAUGUUACUCUGCAUCACGGUAGUAGGGGAAACGGUAAAGUACAGCAGUACGACCCAAAUGGAUCUCUCGUAGGAACAGUAGCCGAAAAGUUGUACAAUCCUUUACAAAUGGCAUAUUCACCCACUGGUGACGUAGUUAUCGCAGACAGACAUUCCAUCAAGAUCUUUCAGCGGGUGUGA